AUGGGUGGUUUGUUGCUGGAGAGAUGCGGUACCUGCCCUCCAACAUGUCCAGUCGUCUGUCCAGUCGCGUAUCCGUUCCCGACCGUCGUUCCCACACUUCCCACUAUUCCUCCGACGGUGCCACCGAUCACAGUGCCUCCGAUUACAGCGUCCCCACCGGUGGCCGUCUGCUGUCCUAGCUGCUCGAAUCCUGCGCAACAACCCGAUGGAACCGUUUCCGCGUUGCUGCAGCUAAUCAGCCAGCUCGUGCUGGGUCUUGUCGGAAAUAGAACUAACCCUGUUACCAUUCCACCAACCUGUCCCGUGACGAAUCCGCCCGUGACGAAUCCGCCCGUGACGAACUGCAUUCAGGCGCUAUUGGGACAGCUGCAGAGUGCUGGUGUUGUUCCGGAGUUGCUGGCCGUCGUUAGCCAAGCACUCGUAGGACUUUUGGGAGGUGGAUCACUGGUGCCGGUUGGGGUAACUACGACUGCGCCAACGGUAACCGUGCCACCCUUAACGGGUGCCCUGUUGGGUCAGUUGCAAAACACCGGCGUCGUACCACGGCUGCUGGAGGUCGUGAGCCAAGCAGUGCAGGGUCUGCUGGGAGGUACUGGAAGUUCGCUUCCACUCAGCCUCACCAAUGUGGCCGGUACGGGUGGACUGUUGCAAGGACUUCCCGGCACAAACCUACUGGUAGGUCAGACGGGUGGUGUUGUUCCUGGUCUGCUGCAAGUCGUGAGCCAAGCCGUAGAUAGUCUUUUGGGCGGUGGGAGCAGUGGAUUAUCGCUUCCUCUAGCUUCUGGUGGUGGUGGCACACUACUGCAGAGCCUGUCACUUGGUACAGCUGGUGGAACUUUGCCCUACCUGUUGCAAGUUGUUAGCCAAGCCGUUCAAGGACUGUUAGGAACUCCGGUCCUAACGUGCCCUGUAACCGUACCCCCGGUAACGUUACCACCCGUAACGCUUCCGCCCAUAAUAAUCGUGCCUACGAUUAUCAUUCCGACGGUGACACUACCCCCUGUGGUCACUUUGCCUCCCAUCACGGUCGUGACACUCCCGACGGUUACGGUUCCUACGGGAGUGGCGGGAAACAUCUGCGUAUCCCUGCAGGCAAACCUUGGCCUUGUGAACCAAUUGCUCACAAACUUAUCGAGCGUGUUACAGAAUUUACUCGGCGUGCUGCCAAUCGGGGCGAUACCGUGCGUUACUGUCCCCACGGUUCCUAUCGUAACGAUACCGACGGUUACGUUGCCCACCAUUACGCUUCCUCCAGUAACCCUGCCGACUGUAACGCUUCCGCCAAUAACCGUGCCGACUGUAACGCUGCCUGCGAUAACGGUGCCAGGCGUUACACUGCCGAGCUUAGGAGGAUCUCUGGUAUCCGUUUCACUUCAAGCAAACCUGGAUUUGUUAGGAGGCUUACUGCCGACGCUUCUCUCACUACUUCCGCUAGUGUUGGGACUACUCCCGUCGCUUCUGGGCGCAUUGCCUUCGCUGGGCUUACCAACGAACGUAGCGAGCAUUGUUGCCGAUCUGCAGGCCAAUCUGGGAACGCUAACCAGUGUACUACCGGUGGUGCUGGGUCUUGUUCAAUCGUUAUUACCUGCGCUGGCUGCACUUCCCGGUACGCUUUCCUCGCUACUGCCACAGACGGUUGAUGUUAUGGUUCAGCUGCAGGCAAACUUGGCUGGUCUCGGUGGCGUGUUACAGCUUGUUACCAGCCUGUUGCAGAGCUUGCUCGGUUCCCUUUCCGGUGUAACGAUUCCGCCUGUGACGAUACCCACGGUUACCCUGCCAACGGUUACGCUGCCGACGAUAACUCUACCGACAGUUACUAUCCCUACGGUCACUAUUCCAACGGUCACUAUUCCAACGGUCACUAUUCCAACGGUCACUAUUCCAACGGUGACUAUUCCUACGCAAAUUGGUGAGAUUUAUAGGAAUUCGGUGCGCAUGAACGUGUGCACCCAAGAAACGGUGGAUUUCAUCGACACUUUACCUCGAGCGGCUUGGGCGCUCGAUUCGCUGGAAAAACUGCUGGCGCCAACCGCCAAACGGUUCGUUUAA